CCUAUGUAAAGUGUAUGUACACUGUUUAGAAACAUUUUUUCAAACAGAUUGAGCAUCUUUGUAAUCGUAGAACAAAUGAAGAGAUAUCAAUUUUUGUGCCUAUUCUUUUUUAUCACAUUGUUAGUAAGCACAGACGCAGCAAAAGGUGGUGGAGGUAGAGGAGGUGGCAGACGCAGUGGCGGAAGAGUUUACAAAUCUCGAAUGCCUAUUCUGAUUCCUCACAGAAAUCCUGCCAGUGCUAAUUACUACGAAAAUAAAGAUGGGGCGAGAAUAGUGAAAGCUUCACACUUUGAACUGGAUUACAUGUUAGGGAGGAAGAUCACAUUUUUCUGCAUGGCUACUGGAUUUCCAAGACCUGAGAUCACCUGGUUGAAAGAUGGAAUUGAAUUGUAUCAUCAUAAAUUUUUCCAGGUUAUCAUGCCACGUUCUACAGUGAUAUUAUUUUUGUUAAUCGUACUACUGCUAAAUAGUCAGGAAAUUCUUGGACGAAGAGGACGAGGCAGAGGAAAAACCAGAUCGCGUGUCCAAAUAGGAUUACCUAUCACUGGAAAAUAUCGUGAUCCAGAAAGUGAUCAAUAUUAUAACAAUCAUAAUGGUGCAAAAAUAUUGUUGGCAUCACACUUUGAUUUGGAGUACGUUUUAGGACACAAAAUUGUUUUUCUUUGCGUCGCACGUGGAAACCCACGACCACAUAUUACAUGGUUCAAGGAUGGUGCUGAGAUUUAUACUCAUCUUUAUUUGCAUGUGCAUGAAUGGCAAGUUGGAGAAGAUAAAGUAAAAUCAAAAUUGGAAAUAGAUCCUGCAACUCAAAUGGAUGCUGGAGUUUACGAAUGUACAGCUGAUAAUAUGUAUAGUAUCGAUCGAAGAUCCUUCAAGACUGACUUUUCUAUUGCUUUUGAUUAAAUUUAAAUUUUUUAAAGUAGUUUAAUAUAAUUAUAGAUAAAGUCUAAAAUUAUUAUCUUUAAGAUACUAUCUAAAAUAAUUAGUCAUAAAAAAACAAGAAAUAAUUUUCAAAAUAUAGUUCCUAGUUUCUAAUUCUCGAAAUGUAUAUGUAUAUACAUUUUGAGUUAAAUAAUAAAUAUUAUUUAUUGCAUUAAAGGAAC